AUGGGUGUCAGGAAGUCGAAAAUAGAUCCCCGCCCACUCUCUGUCUCCUGGGGUCAAAGCCCCAGUGUGGAGGUGCGUCAGAGUCGUCCUGAGUCCGAUUCCAAGAGACCUGAAGACCUGUCGCUGCGUGCUCUGCCGGAGUCUGGCCCCACGACGCUGCGACCUGUAGGCCAGUGCGAGGCAGCGAUGGGCCUGGGAGAGACAACGCCGGGGGAGGAAGAGGAAGAGGAGGAAGAGGUGUUCCUCAAGUUUGUGAUACUGCACGCAGAGGAUGACACAGACGAAGCCCUCAGGGUCCAGAGUCUGCUGCAGAAUGACUUUGGCAUCCGACCCGGCAUCAUCUUUGCUGAGAUGCCGUGUGGCCGGCAGCACCUACAGAACCUGGAUGACGCGGUCAACGGGUCCGCGUGGACCAUCCUGCUGCUGACCGAGAACUUCCUGCGAGACACGUGGUGUAAGUUCCAGUUUUACACGUCGCUGAUGAACUCCGUUAACAGGCGGCACAAAUACAAUUCCGUCAUCCCCAUGCGGCCUCUCAACAAGCCCCUGCCCCGGGAGCGGACCCCCUUUGCCCUGCGAACCAUCAAUGCCCUGGAGGAAGACAGCCGGGGCUUCCCUACCCAGGUGGAAAGGAUCUUCCAGGAGUCUGUGUAUAAGAUCCAGCAGUCUGUGUGGAGAGAGGCCAGGAGUUCUGUCCAGAGGCACUUCGUCUCCUGA